UGCCCUUCCUUCCUUCUUUCCCUCCCCAGAUGCUCACUCGGCCCCUUGUCCUGGUGACCCUCAUAUCUGCCUUUGGCUCCUCGGUCCAGUACGGUUACAACGCCUUUGUCAUCUUCUACCCAGCCCAGUACAUCCAAAACUUUUACAAUGAGACCUAUCGGUUCAGGAACGUGAUCAGCAUCGACAACAGCUUGCUGAAGUUCCAGUGGGGUCUCACCAUCGCCUUUUUCCCAUUUGGGGGUUUUUGUGGGGCUCUCAUAGCUGGACCUCUGGUGGACAGCAUUGGCAGGAAAACCACUCUCCUGGUCAAUAACUUUUUGGCCAUUAUCGCGGCUGCCCUGGUGAUUGCCACCAAACCGAGGCGUUCUCACGAACUCCUGAUCUGUUCACGCUUCUUUGUGGGAAUCUGUGCCGGGAUUGCCUUCAGCGUGGUCCCCAUGUACCUGGCCGAGAUCGCCCCCCAAAACCUGCGAGGGGCGCUCUGCACGGUGGCUGACCUUUUCAUCACCUUUGGCAGUUUGUUGGCCGAAGCCAUAGGCUUCCGCGAUGUCCUUGGGACCGAAGAAGGUUGGCCCAUCUUGUUAAGCCUCGCUGGCAUCCCCGCAGUGGUCCAAUUACUGUUCCUCCCGUUUUUCCCCGAAAGUCCUCGAUUUCUCCUGAUUCAGAAGAAGAAGGAAGAAGAAGCCAGGCAGGCUUUGAAGACCCUGAGGUGCUCGGAGGACGUGGAGCAGGAGAUGGAAGAACUCCGACAAGAGGAGCUGGUGGACAAGGCCGAAAAAGAUAUGGACGUGAUGAAAAUCCUGUAUUAUCCCGGCCUGCGGUGGCACGUGGUGUCGAUCGUGGUCCUGAUGGCCGGCCAGCAGCUCUCUGGGAUCAACGCGGCCCACCACUACGCAAAGCCGAUUUACUUUUCCUCGGGGGCCAGCGAUACAGUUGUGUGGUACAUCAGCAUGGCGUUGUCUCUCUUCCUGAUGGUUAUCACAACACUAGUGGUCUGCAUCGUCGAAUCCUCGGGACGAAGGAUACUCCUGCUCGCUGGCUUUGGUAUCUGCACAAUUGCCGGCAUUCUCUUGACUAUGUCUUUACAACUUCAGAAAAACAUUCCCACCAUGGCAUAUCUGAGUGUCUCAUUCCACACCAUCUUCCUUAUCGGACAAGCUACCGGUCCCAACCCGGUUCCCAACGUGCUGGUAGCCGAGUAUUUCCUCCAGACGUGCCGGUCCACGGCUUUUGUGAUCUCUGGAAGCAUCCACUGGAUAUGCAAAUUCCUCAUUAUUGUAACGUAUCUCCACAUGGAAAGGGAGCUGUACGGUCGGAGAGUCCUGAGUUCGAAUCCUCGUUUCCCCAAAGCGAUGGAUCUAGAUCCAGAAAAGGCCAAAGGGAUUAGCCCAAGGUACCUCAGUCAGAGGGAGCUGUACGGUGGGAGAGUCCUGAGUUCGAAUCCUCGUUUCCCCAAAGCGAUGGAUCUAGAUCCAGAAAAGGCCAAAGGGAUUAGCCCAAGGUACCUCAGUCAGCUGAUCCAAGACUAUUACAACAACACUUUGAGGAUGAAGAGGAAGGAAUUUCACCAUGCGACUUUGCUGUAUGUCUUGACCAACGUCAUCUACUCGGUGGGAGGCAUCACUGGGUCUCUUAUGGUUUGCCCCAUGGCCGAUAACUGCGGCAGGAAGGGUGCCCUAGUGAUAGCGAACCUCUUAGCUUUCAUUUCCGCCAUCUUUAUGGGUUUUUCAACCAUCGUCCACACUUACGAAUACGCCAUUUUUUCACGCCUGCUUUGCGGGAUCUGCUCAGGGAUCUUCUCCUGUGCCGUACCGUUGUACCUUGUUGAAAUCGCUCCCCGAAAUUUAAGAGGGGGCAUCAUGAACAUGUCAAUGGUUGCCGUUACUGGUGGGGUCCUGUUAUCGCAGAUCCUUGGCCUCCAUGAGAUCCUAGGCACCGAGAGAAAAUGGGCCAUCUUGCUGAGUUUAACUGGGAUUUUUGCGGUGUCCCAACUCUUCAUACUGCCCAAGUUCCCCGAAAGUCCACGCUUUCUGUUGAUUCAGAGGAAGAACGAGGAGAAAGCAAGACAAGUCCUGAGGGUCUUACGAGCCAAGGAGGACGUUGAGGAAGAAAUAGAAGAACUUCAUCUAGAAGAUAUAGCUGAGAUGGGAGAAAAGGAACUGAGCAUAUUGAACCGGCUGACGUACAAAGGUCUACGGAAGCAAAUCGGUUACGUUAUCCUCCUGAUGGCCGGUCAACAAUUCACAGGGAUCAGCGCUGUGUAUUAUUACUUCAAGAUUAUGUACACCAGCAAGUGGACGCACGGGUACAAACCUUGGUACAUCGUCAUCGUCUGCACCACCUUUGUCCUCCCGACCUUAUUGUUUGUGACCUAUAGCGUCGACAGCUUGGGCCGAAGGCUCUUAAUUCUGCUGGGGUUCGGAAUCUGUAGCACAUUCUGCGUCCUGUUGACCAUAUCUCAUGAACUUCAGGGGACGGUCUCUUGGCUGUCUUACGUCACAAAUAUUUUCCUGCUCAUCAUUCUGAUUGGACACAUAUUGGGUCCAGGUCCAAUAACACAAGUCAUCAUUGCUGAACUCUUCCUUCAAUCCUCCAGGUCGACGGGAGUUGUGCUGGGGGGUUUUGUCCAUUGGCUUCUAAAUUUUAUAAGUGGGAUUAUUGUCCUUCAGGUUGAGAAAAAGAUCGGGUCGUACAGCUUUCUGCUCUUCUGGCCGCUUUGCAUCGCCAGCUUCGUCUUUAUCUUCAGGAACAUCCCUGAGUCCAAACAGAAGACUUUCCUGCAGAUCCGGAACCUCCUGGCUGCGCAGGCCAUCAAAAAAAUUAAAGUCCAGGGGUCCCAUCAUCACCAAUUGAAUCCGUUCCAAGGGCUGGAUCGGGGGAGGCGUAAGAAACCCAGGGACAUCACGUCCCACGUCCCAUCCGUGCCCUCAAUCUGA